AUGGCCGACAACCCACCACGGGCGGUGGUGCUGGACGACUUUGACGCCGAGGCUGACGACGAGGUCUCGGUCACGGCUGGUGCGACGGUUGUGGUGCUGGAGACGUACGACGACGGCUGGGCCAAGGUCCGCGUCGUCUCCAAGGGCAUCGAGGGCAUGAUGCCCAUCAUCUAUCUCGAAUACACAAACAAGGCACUGGCGCCCAUGCCCACCCGCACGGCACCGGCCCCAUCGCCGGCGCCGUCACCGUCGUCGUCGCCGACCUCUUCGUUUGCCAAGCUUCCGGCCUACGGCACAUCGACGGCCGGCUCGGCCAGCACGCCGGCGUGGAUCCCGCCACGCGGCGUCUCCGCGAACCGCAGCUCAGGGCGGUCGAGCGCGAGCUCUGCAAGUGGGUCGGGAAGCAGCAGCUCACGGUUUACCAUGUCGGGCUGGCUCGACAUCGAGGCCUCGCCGGGAAAGUGGAAGCGCAAGUGGUACGUGGUCGAGGGCAACAAGCUCACGGCUUGCCGCAACCCGAGCUCGCUCAAGAAGCGUGCUACUGUGGUCGAGUUUGGCGUCGGCUCUGCGGUCCGCCUCCUCCACCACAAGCAAGACACUACCGCUCCGCCUGUUCUAGAGAUCACCACCCGCGGCGCGACCAAGCUCUACCUCCGAACCGCAAACUCGGACGAAGCCGAGCUGUGGCUCUCUGGCAUCGAGACCGCCAUCUACGGCGUCGGCAGGCUCAACUGACCGCGCCCUCCCCGCCGUGCCUGCUAGCCCCGC